AUGUCAAGCACGUACGAUUUUAUUAUUGUAGGAGGUGGAACUGCUGGAUGCUUGAUCGCAAACCGCCUUGUUUCCUCCAAGAAAAACCCUUCGGUGCUUAUUAUUGAAACGGGUGACCAUGGAGACGUGGAACAUAGGGUACCAUACGCCAGAUAUCUCAACGUCUUUACUCGUCCGGACCUUGAUUAUGGAUACCUGACGGCACCACAAGUUCCACUGGAUAACAAAGUGCUGCCCUAUGCAAGAGGAAAGGGAAUGGGUGGAAGUUCUAUGAUUAAUUUCAUGGUAUACACUCGUGGUGCCGCUGGUGACUAUGACGAGUGGGCCAAAUUAGUUGGAAGUGAUGAUUGGGCUUGGGAUGCUGCUCUGAAGAGAUUUCAUAAGGUUGAAAACUAUACAGACAACAAUGGAGCAGAGUAUAAAAACUACGCUGAACUUGGAGAUGAGUACAACGAAAGUACCGGCACUCUCGGUGUUUCGGUUCAAUUUGAAGAGGAAACAGCUGCAUUGUUAGACGCUGCAUAUGAGCUAGGUUGGAAAAAGAAUUUGGAUCUUAAUAGUGGAAACCCCAUUGGUGUCGGAGCCUCAGCUUCAACCGUAUACGAGGGAAUGCGUUGCACCAGUUCUUCAGCGCAUAUUCAGCCAGAUAAGCAAAAUUUGACCAUCCUGGUAAAAUCUCAAGCCACGAAGAUAUUAUUUGAAGGUACAAAGGCCGUUGGUGUUGAGGUCAACGGUAACACCUCCGUGUAUGCUUCCAAAGAAGUUAUUUUGAGCUCUGGGUCGUUCGACACUCCCAAAUUGUUGUUGCUAUCUGGUGUGGGUCCCGCAAAGGAGUUAGAAGCUCUUGGCAUCCAUGUCAUCAAAGAUCUUCCUGGUAUCGGCAAAAAUAUGCAAGACCAUUGUGGUGUAUUCGUUACUGAUCUAGUGGACAUUGCCAUGUCGUCGCGUGCUCCAUUCAUUCACGCGGAGGACCAGUACGAAGAUGCUCGCAAACAAUGGGACAAAGACCGCACAGGGCCUUUAUCUACUCACUAUAGAGCAUUGUGCAUUGCUUUCUUAAAACAGGAACACCUCCACGAUACUCCAGAGUUUCAAUCUUUGAGUGAACAAUCAAAGUCCUAUUUACACAGGCCAACUAUUCCCACAGUUGAAGUUGCUUUCAACGGACCAACCUUCCCGCCUGGUCACGUCUAUGGAGAAGACAGUACUUGCUUCUGCGCAGGAGUUAUGUUGAUGCACCCGGAAUCUAGAGGAUCAGUCACCUUGAAAUCGUCCAAUCCUUCUGACCCACCGGUUAUCGACCCCAACUAUAUGGACCAUCCAUUUGAUAGACUCGCUUUGAUUGAUGGCGUUCGAGAGGCAAAGAGACUAAUCAGGGAAACCUCCUUGAACAAACACUGGAUCAAGCCUAUUUUAUCACCAGAAGACGAUACCGAUGAGGCUAUUUGGAAAUACAUCAAGGGUUUAAUUAUGUCUAUCUGGCAUGCUAGUAGCACUGUAUCCAUGGGAAAAGCUGACGAUCCCAUGGCCUGUGUCGAUGCAGAUAUGAAACUGCGUGGAUUGCAAAAUCUUAGGGCUGCAGAUAUGAGUGUCUGUCCACUUGUGAUCACUGGACAUACUCAGGCUGUAGCCUAUCAGAUAGGCCAGGCAGCAGCAGAGAAGAUCAUAGAUGAACAUGACUUAAAUGCUUAA